AUGGCACCGAUAAACCAAGGAAACACAAGGAGGGCCAGGUCCAUUGCUUUCCUUGUCCUCGUGAUGCUGUUUGCUUGUACCCUAUCAUCCUGCGACGCACGAGGUGGAGAGCCAUAUUGCAUAGGUCCGAUACUAGUAUGCUCUGAGCCUAGUUGCAUGGAAGAAUGCAACUUAAUAGACAAGGGUCUUCAUUCCUUCUAUUGCAACCACCUUGGACAAUGUUGUUGUUGGCCUCUAUAG